AUGGGCAGCAGCAGGGACAGCGAACAACGACGCUGGGAUGCCAGCUUCUCGCAUUCCCAGCCCAUUCAGCGCACAUUUACCAGCACGUCCACGUCUUUUCCCACAUCAUCCCAAUUUAAUCGAUCAGAUUUCACAAGCCAGCCAUGGACAGGUAGCUAUGAGACCGGUCUUCCCACCUCUGGCCCUUUGGGCUCAACUCCGGCCUUCGGAGCCCCCCGAAUUACUCCCAAGGUCCUGAAGCAAUAUCUGGACCAAUUCGUAGUGGGCCAGGAUCGUGCAAAGAAAAUAUUGAGUGUCGCUGUGUACAACCAUUACCAGCGGGUACAGGAGCUACGACGUCGUGAGGAAGAGGAGGCAGAACUGCAGGCCAAACGCGCGCGGAGGGAAGCGAUCCAGAGCCACCAUCCGGUAGAGGAUGAAUUUCCCGGCCAACAACGGACAACGCGCGCACCUUCGAACGAGGACUCGUCGCCGUCAUCGAUACUAGACCAACCGGAGCUCGUCGACUCGUCACCACUACAACUUGAAAAAUCCAAUAUUCUCCUUUUGGGUCCCUCUGGUGUUGGAAAGACGCUGAUGGCAAAGACUCUGGCGAGGGUAUUAUCGGUUCCAUUUAGUAUCUCCGACUGUACCCCGUUCACUCAAGCGGGGUACAUCGGAGAAGACGCCGAGACAUGCGUCCACCGACUACUAGCUGCCGCGAACUAUGAUGUCGAACAAGCAGAGCGUGGGAUCAUCGUCUUGGAUGAAGUGGACAAGAUUGCAGCGGCCAAAAUGAGCCAUGGCAAAGAUGUUGGUGGUGAAGGUGUUCAGCAGGCUCUCCUGAAGAUCAUCGAGGGAACGACUGUGCAGGUUCAAGCCAAACAAGAGAGAAACUCACCUCGCUCUGGAAGUGCACCCAAUUCAUUCCCAUCGAACAGUCCUCUCGGAAACCCGCCGAACUCCAGCAACUCAGGGAUGUCACAGAAGGGAGAGGUCUACAACGUUCGUACAGACAACAUAUUAUUCGUCUUUUCUGGUGCGUUUGUUGGUUUGCACAAAGUGAUCAUGGACCGGAUAUCACGGGGUUCAAUUGGGUUUGGACAACCAGUCAGCGAGAGGUCGACGGAUUCCAGUGCUGGGAACAACCAACCAGUUCCUGUCUUGCCUGGAUCAGAGGAGGAAGCUUUGUACAAGAAGCACCUUCCCUUCUUCAACUCCGCUACCCCAGCAUCACCUGACAGUGAACCAACAUACUUCAACCCACUGGAUCUCAUUACUCCCACAGACCUGCAGAACUACGGGUUUAUCCCAGAACUGGUUGGUCGUGUCCCCGUCACGGCUGCCCUGUCCACUUUGUCACAGGCCUUACUUGUCCGGAUCCUCACCGAACCCCGCAACUCCCUUCUGGCACAGUACAACACCCUUUUCUCCCUAUCGGGAAUUGAACUUCGCUUUACAACACCAGCCUUGCACAAGGUUGCUGCCAAUUCCUUCACAAUGGGAACAGGCGCACGCGCUCUUCGAACUGAAAUGGAAACCAUCCUCAGCGACGCCAUGUUCGAAGCGCCCGGGUCAAGCGUGAAGUUCGUGCUCGUGACAGAGGCCGUCGCCGACCGCAAGGAAAAGCCAAUAUAUCUCUCCCGUGGCCAAGGUGGCCGGUUCCAUUCUAUGAUUGCAGCAGAGGAGAGCGAAUGGGAGGAAAAAGUGCGACAGGAGAAAAAGCAGAAAGGGAAAAAGGCCAAAGCCCACGCUAAUGCCUCCGAAGAUCCGGCUCACACCUCGCCCUUUCAGGAAUAUAGAACACGAGCUGUGGGUUGA